AGAGUCCUCCUGUCACCGUCCAAAAUGACGGAAGUUCUCUCUGAACAACCAUUUCAUAGUCAAAGUUUCUCUACCCUUGAAUCGCAAUCCUUGUUCCUGGAUUUCGAACAGGAACUCAAUGAUUUACUGAAUCCAGUGUUUUCAGUGGUCCGAAGGUCCUCCCGAAGAACCAGCGAAGUUGAGCAUCGGGUUCGCUCUUUGUCCAUCACGCCGGACACGGAAUAUGAAGGAGAUGGGACAGUUCUGUGCUCCAAUUUGAAUCAUGCCGCUUUGUGUCAAUUGGCGGGAACUUCGAACUUGGCGGACCUCAAAACUUUGAGCUUAUGCAUCUCUUGUCGGUCGUCUUUUGAUAAUUUGUCGGUCCUUGCUCAAUUCACCGUGAACCUCACUACACUCAAAUUGGACCAUUCCAAGUUCCAAUCCAUGAGGACGUUGGGUGACGAUUUGCCCUCGCUAAAGACCAUUUCAGUGUGCGAUUGUGGUUUAACUGAUCUAGAUGGAAUCACUUCGGCGUCAAAUUUGAUAACUUUGGUGGCGGCUAACAAUUUCAUUGAGGAUCUUCUUCCAGUGACUGAAUUGAGAAAGAUGAACGUUUUGGACCUUCAAAACAAUGUGAUUGAUUCCUAUGAUUCGGUAAGCUUCCUCUUCCUCUGCCCUAAUCUGGAGACCUUGGUACUCAAAGAUAACCCGGUAUCUGAGGAACCCGAUUACAGGGCAAGGGUGUUCGGUAUCUUGCCGUCUUUGAAGAACUUGGACGUGGUUGUCUUCCCGAGGGUUAUAAAAGAGCUCUGUCGACAAUACAGACGUCCUCCCAAUCCUGAUGAUGAGAGUGACGGAGGUAACCUUUUAGACUUGGGCGAUGAGCCCUCUGAAGAUCAAGAUGAACACACGUGUUCACACCAGAUGAAGAGCAUCCAAGAGAUCAAAUAUAACUUAGAACAGAAAACGAUUCAUCUCCAACGUCCGGUUGCGGAGAAUAAUCGUUAUCCCGGAAAAGUGGUUACUCUGAUAGAAGAAAGUCCGGAACUUGUGUCUUCUCCUGAUGUGGACCCGAUUGAUAUGAGCAGCGGCUCCAAGAAGCUUUUGGCCAGACGCCAGAGUCAAGACCCAUUGAAACUCGUACCUCCAGAAGUCCCAGCGUCUCCUCAGACUUUCGACCAUUCCCCAAAUCUCGCAUCUUUUAUGUUCAAUCCCACUCAACCUUUGUUUGCACGCUCUGAUUCACCCUUGAGUAUCGCAUCUCUCACUUGCUCGGCGUCUUUAUCAGACUCAGGCAUCGACUCCUCCAAACAGAACUCGGAAAAAGAUAAUGGUCCAAUGGAAACUACAAGAGCCAAGAGCCAAGUUGUUAAUCUUGAAGUCAAAGACCUUGCAGCUUCCAUCUUGGCCAAAGGCAAUGAGGAAGUCAAGAGUUCUGAUUUAAGUGGAGGAACUUUGCGAACUGAAGGAGACAUUGAAAUUGAAGAAUUUGAUCUUUGAAAAAUUAUCAAUAUUCUUGUAUGUCAAGAAAUAAGUAAAAAUAGUCAACAGAGCCUCUGAAUUCAUCAUUAUUGGAAGUGUAUAAUGGAACAAACAAGGUUUGUGCUACAAAUUGUUGCAUACAUUUUUUUGUAGAUCCAUACUCAACAAACCCAUCUCAGGAUUAUAAGAAAAUUUGCAUGUAGCAAAAUAAAUAAUUGU